UGUUAGCGGGACAUAGACUAGAUUAAAGCAUGCUCAAUUCACGAUUGCUUUGGUGCACGCUGAUUGGCUAAUUCUUAACCAAUCAGCACUAGUCGAUAGUUGGAGAACACUCUAGAAUCUUCUCAUGUAGAAAACUAUAAAUAUACUGACGUUUUUCUCUAUUGUGCUUCUGACUUGCUAUUUGGAAUAUAAUCUCUUUCCUGUUCAACCGUGUUUUGAUUUGGGGACUUGUCGAGUGAAUCGGUGUCCGAGAAUACUAAGCAAUAGGAAUAGCUGGGUCAUAACCGUAAGAAAACAGGAUUAUAACAGUGGCGACGGGGAAAAAGGAAAACAAAUUCAAGAUGCCUAUAUCAGAUGACCAGCUUAACCGAAUACUACAACAACAGCAAGCACAACUUGAUGCACAAAUGCGGUUGUUGGAGACUCUGACUCAACAGCUCAACAUCCACAGCUCGAGUUCACACGCUAUUUCAAGUUCGUCUUGUGAUGCAGUUGCUAGCAGCAUCCCAGAAUUCAUCUAUGAUCCCGAAAAUGGAAAUACUUUUCUCACGUGGUUCAGACGUUGGGAAGAUACAUUUAGAACAGAAUUCUGUAAUCAAGACGAUGCGUGGAAGACCCGAUUGUUGGUACGUAAGUUGGGAAGCAACGAACAUGCACGUUUUGCUGACCAUAUAUUGCCAAAGUUACCUCGAGAGCUCAGUUUCGAGGAGACGGUAUUUCAGCUGUCAGAGAUAUUCGGCGAGUCAUCUUCUCUUGGUGUUUCGGAAUGGCACGAACCAAACAAACUGCUCGCAAAUCAACUGGAGGUAAGGCGCCUCGAAAGCAAAUACUAUCGGUCAAGCUGACGCUCUCUCCCGAUUAAUUGGAGUUCAACAUCCUGGACCAGAGGAUAUAAUCAUUGCCUCCACAGCAGUAGACCCAGAAAUACGAAGUAUAGUGGCAGAUGCCAUUCGAAACACUCCAGUGUCGUCAGAUGAAGUCAGGGAAGAAACGCUUCGAGACCCAACACUACAAGAAGUUAGAAAGUUCCACCUAGAAGGGUGGCCCUCGAAAAUCAGUUCCACAGAGCUUCAACAGUUUUACCAGCGAAGACUCUCUCUUUCAAUCAUCGAUGACUGUCUGCUGUUUGCCGAACGUGUCAUAAUUCCCAAGAAGCUACAACCAG